UAAAUGUGAGUAUACUCAUAUAUGUGAAAUGUGAUGCAACUGGUUGCAAUAGGCUUCUUUGUCUGUUGUUGGCUAAUGGGGCACAUUGAGACAAACGUAUGUGGGGCAGGUUGAGACAGUAAAAAUAUAUGAGGUAAUUAUUCUAUGAAGGUUUCUUUGUUUUCAGGUGCUGAAGUGGUAACAAAAUGGUGAGGGAGAGGAAAUUACCAAAAUCCAAAGGCCUUUUUGAUGCUGAGCAAAUGAAGGAAGGUGUUAAGUUAGUGUUAGAAGGCCAAUCACUUAGAGCUGCUGCAAAUCAGAUGGGUUUAAAGUUCCAAACCUUUGCAAGAUAUGUUAGAAAAAUCAAGAAUAAUCAAGAAACUGACAUGAAAGCUAGAUGUGAUGAAAGAAAAAUUUUCACAGACCAGCAGGAAAAAGAUUUAGCAACGUUUUUGGUUGAGAGUGCAAAAAUGUUCUAUGGUCUAUCCACUCAAGAAGCACGAAAAUUAGCAUGGGAAAUGGCAGACAGAAAUGAGAUACAAUGUCCAGUAAGCCGGGAACAAAAAAAAAUGGCAGGAAAAGAUUGGCUAUAUGAAUUUAUGAAGCACCAUCCUAAUCUGUUGCUUCGAGCUCCCGAUGGAUGUAGCCAUGCAAGAGCAAUGGGAUUCAAUAAAUAUAAUGUCAGAAUGUUUUUUGAAAAUUAUGAGACCAUUCUUUCCAAUUAUCCAGAGCUUCAGGAUCCUAGUCGAAUAUGGAAUCUACAUGAAACUAAGACUGAAACUAAUCAACGACCUUCUCGUGUAAUUGCCCAAAAGGGUAUUAAACAAGUAUCCAAGGCCCUGAGUGGUGAAAGAGGAACAUUAGUGACUACAGCUCUCAUCAUAAAUGCUGCUGGUAAUACCAUGCCCUCCGUCAUGGUGUUCCCUAGAGUGCAUUUCAAGAAUCACAUGAUUGCUGGAGCCCCAUCAGGAACACUGGGAUUGGCUAAUCAGACAGGUUGGAUGACUUCUUCCAACUUUGUGUAUGUGAUUGAACAUUUCAUCAAGUUUUCAGGCUGCUCAAAAUCUCGUCAAAUGCUCCUUAUUUGUGACAAUCAUGAAAGUCACCUAUCAAUUGAAGCUAUUACCUUAGCCAAAUCCAAUGGACUCCACAUUUUAACAUUACAUCCACAUUGCACACAUAUGAUGCAGCCCCUAGAUGUUGGUUUGAUGCAACCAUUCCAAACAUUCUAAAACUCUGCUAUAGAUACAUGGAUUUCAGCUAACCCAGGAAAGUAUUUGACAUCUACAAUGUAGCAUCUUGUGUUGGAAUUGCACAUGGCCGAGCAAUGCUUCCACAAAGUAUCAUCAACGCUUUUCGAAAAACUGGAAUUUUCCCCAGGAUGUGGGAGUAUAUACUGAUGAUAUGUUCCUUGCAAGUACGGUAACUGACAGACCCCUCAAUGAAGCUCUUUCAACAAUAGUUGAGCCACAGACAACAGUUCAAACUCAGCCAACAACAUCUGAUACAGAGACACCAGUAGGCCUACAACCACAGCCAACAACAACUGAGCCACAGACACCAGUUCAACCACAGCCAACACCAACAUAUAUCAGCCCUCAAGACUUCAGGGGUUAUCCCAAAGCCAAAACAGAAAUUUUGAAUAGGAAGCCAAGACAAAAUGGGAGAAGCAGAAUCAUUACAAGCACACCAGAGAAAAAUAGAUUGGAAGAAUCCAUCAAAAUAGAAAAAGAAAUCCUCAAGAAGAGAGAAGACAGGCUUACAAGAAGAGAAGGAAAAAAUACUACCAAACCAACCCUGAAGAAGAGAAAACUCACAUUCAUAACACCAGAAGAAUCAGUUGCAGAAAUAGAAAAAAGGAACAAAAG